CUCUCUCUCUCUCUCUCUCUCUCUCUCUCUCUCGCUCUCUCUCUCUCUGCGCACCACCGUGCUCGUCUGGCAGCAGCUCGCGCUUUUUCAGAUCCCGACAAAACCGCCGAAUGACGCGCGUGGAAGACGGAGGAAUUAACGCUCAAAAAAAAAAAAAAGAACCAACAUUUAUUUAUACAAACCGGCCGAUAUCUGUGGAGGCGAGCGGUGCUCGCAGUGGACUCGCCGGGGGGAUAAUCUCGCUUUGCUCCGACCGAGCUCCCACUCCCGCGGUGCUUCAGUGGGAACAGACAGAAAAUCAAAUUUCGCAAUCUCUUUUUUUUUUUUUUUUUUUUUUUUUGCGUGCAGCCUGCAGAGCGCACGCCGUCUGGGAGACGUCUCCCCUCCACACUGUUCUGUUCAGUCCCGCGACCCCGCGAUGUGGAGCCUACACCGCUAGUUGUUAUCUGAAGGAGGUGUGAGUGUUUGUGUGUGUGUGUGUGGGGGGGGGGGGAGGUCUUUUCUCUGCAACAUGUUUUGAGUGCAAAAAGGGGUGCUGAAGAGCGGCGGCUGUCGUCGGGGAGAGUCGAGGGGGGGACGGGGGACGGGGGGUGGUUCUUCACUGCGCAGGCAAGCGGCGGACCGUCUCUGCGCUAACCGCCUCGUCUGGCUCCACAGCGGACAGCUCAGGGAAGGGAGCCGGAGAAGGUCUUCUGUGGGGUGGGGAGGAGGAGGAGGGGGGGGGGGUCGGGGUGGUGGUGGUGGUGGGUUUAGGAAAAUCUGGAAAUACACGGUGGUAAAAUGACGAUGUCCGUCCCGGAGAGGAAAUCAGGAUCGGAGGGGAAGGAGGAGGAGAGCGAGGAUGAGAGCGAGAUCUUGGAGGAGAGCCCGUGCGGCCGCUGGCAGAAACGGAAGGAGCAGGUGAGCCAAGGUAAUGUCCCAGGUGUGGAGAGUGCCUCUCUGGCCAUGGACACAGAGGAGGGCGUGGAGGUGGUGUGGAACGAGGUGCUCUUCUCUGACAAGAAGGUCUUCAAAGCACAGGAGGAGACGAUCAAGGAGAUGUUUGAGAACCUGAUGCAGGUCGAACACCCCAACAUCGUCAAGUUCCACAAGUACUGGCUGGACAUGAAGGAGAGCCAGGCGAGGGUUAUAUUCAUCACAGAAUACAUGUCGUCGGGCAGCCUCAAGCAGUUUCUGAAGAAAACUAAGAAGAACCACAAGACUAUGAAUGUGAAGGCCUGGAAGAGAUGGUGCACCCAGAUUCUCUCUGCCCUCAGUUAUCUGCACUCUUGUGAGCCUCCAAUAAUCCACGCCAACCUGACCUGCGACACCAUCUUCAUUCAGCACAACGGCCUCAUCAAGAUCGGCUCAGUGUGGCACCGGCUGUUUGUUAAUGUGUUUCCAGACGCCAGCGUCCACAGUAAAGCGAGGCAGCAUCGCGAUGAGCAGAGGAAUCUUCAUUUCUUUGCUCCAGAAUAUGGAUCUGGCGAAGAUGAUUACGCCAUCGACAUUUUUUCCUUCGGCAUCUGUGCUCUAGAGAUGGCAGUACUGGAGAUCCAGGCCAACGGAGAUACUGCGGUGUCCAAGGAGGCCGUCGUCAAUGCAGGUCAAUCUCUGGAAGACCCUCUCAUGAGAGAGUUCACCCAGUCCUGUUUGCGUCACGAAGCCAAGCUCCGUCCUACGGCUCACGACCUUCUGUUCCACCGAGUCUUGUUCGAGGUCCACUCCCUCAAACUGCUCGCCGCCCACUGCCUCAUCAACAACCAGUACUUGCUCCCAGAAAAUUGCGUGGAGGAGAAAACCAAGUCCUUUGACCCCAACGCUGUCAUGGCGGAGAUUAAACAUGAUGACCGACAGGGAGUUCAGCUCAAGUAUUCCCACGUGUCCCCUCUGGAGCUUGACAAGUUUCUGGAGGAUGUCAAGAAUGGGAUCUACCCCUUGAUGAACUUCGCCUCGUCCCGGCCUCACCCCGUCCCCCGAGCCCUGUCCUUGUCUCAGGAGCAGGUCGAGACGGUCAAGACGCCGACUCCUGAACCCCAGGAGACGGAAUCGAGGAAGGUUGUUCAGAUGCACUGUAACCUGGAGACUAAUGAAGAAGGGACCAAAACUCAUCUCUCUUUGUUUCUGAAGAUGGAUGACAAACUUCAUCGGCAGCUUAGCUGUGACAUCCUUCCAACCGACACCUCCAAAGACCUUGCCAGUGAACUUGUUCACUACGCCUUCAUUAAUGAGGAGGACAGCGAGAAGGUAGCGGGGUUCCUGGAGGAUGCCAUCUGCCGACACCGGGUCCGAGCGCUGGCCUCUGGGAGCACGCAGUGAGGAGGGGCCACGACAGCGGCUGGCCCAGACUGAGGGGCCCCAACGUUGGGUCGAGAAAGGGAGAGGGCAGCGGACAGGAUCACACAGCCGGGGGAACGGAGGGAGCUGACCAAAAAGGGACAAAUGCAGAAGGAUGCUGGGCCUUGACAGUCAGGACAUCAUCCCAUUGAGAAAGAGGGGAACGCCAGGAAACGAAGACCCCUCUGGUUGGAGGGCUGGAGGCAUCAUGGCUGUGUUCAGCGACCCCCACAAAGCAGUGGAAGAUUGACAAGCUCCCUGCCUAAAAGGGCUCUCACGCCUUAACAAUAACUUAAUGCAGCAGCCAUGUUUUCGGAAGGACGUUUUAUUGCUCGUGAGCCUCGUUUGCGCUCCAAUGUCCACUUUGAUUGGUGAUGAUUUCCUUUUUAAAUAAAGUAAUUUACUACAGCCUCUCUCUCCUAUAAAAAGCCCAAACCCUCCAUUUGUGACAGUUUAAGGAAUUUGUUAUUCCAUCCAACAUGCACUGUUAAUACUCCUUCAGUUGACUUAUUUAUUAUGUUUAACUGUGAACAAAAGAAGCUUCCCACAAGCCGUUUCUUCUUUUUUUUUUUUUUUUGCGUUGCUUUAUUUUUAUGAAUUUACAACCUUAACACACUCUUGGGUUAAAGGCUUCUUCUCCCAGAGCUAAUCACACCAUGCCUAAAUGUAGUGACGAGCAAUGAGAUGAUGCCUCUCUUUUAGCCUGUAGUGCUCUUAAGGGUUUUCCCCCGUGAAAGCGCUCCGAAAGCCAAAGACUUGCAAAGUGCCUGAAAUGGCAAUGUACUUUGGACAGCAUUUCCGAAUGACACGGCAUCAUACCCAACACAGCAAUUUGGAAUUUAACAAAUUCAGGCUGACUUUUAGUUUUAAAGCCAGAUGCAUUGAUUCUUGCUCGUGCUCGUCUCCUAUCAUGAGUCCGCAUAGUCAGCCUGCGUGAAUGUGAAGAAAAGCUCGUCACCCAGUAAUUGGCGGCUCCAUUUAGAGCUUCAGCCUUUUGUAUACUGGACAUAUGGAUCAUGUGAUAAUGCCCUCUGCUGCAGUCAAUGUUAGUUUUGGAAAGUGCAUGUGCAAAAAAAUGUUGAAUGCAUCACAGGAAGCGCGUGAAGUAAAAAUCCUAGUCUUAUAUAAAUGGGAGGAAUUAAGUGAUCUUAAGACUUGUUGAAAAAUUGUUAAUAAAUAUUACUGCUAUACUUACUUUUGCUAUAUUUUACAAACCAUCGGAGCAUAUUGUCGAAUGCCUAACGUGUUUUGUGUCUAGAGGUGUUUUUGAAGGAAAAAUCGACGCAAAAGUUUUUAGGAAUGUAUGGUUUUAGUCUUUUACGUAAUCAUUGACAGUGCUAACCUCUUUAGGUUCACUUGGGCUGCAGGCGAUAAAACAUAAUCCACGAUAAAAAAAAUUGCUUUUUGAACACUUUCAUUUCCCAGGUUCAGAUCUAAUCUAGUUUUAUUUGGAGUUGAUUGCACUGCAGUCCACACAAACACAAAAAUAGAAUACCCUCCCCUCAGCUCAGCAAGAUUUUCUUGUCAAGAAUCCAAUCUUGGCACAGUAAAAUAAUGGUGGAUUGUUCUUUUACCAAACCGGAGAGCAAAAUAACAAAGCGGGCUUCAUAUACACUGCUGUACAGACAUUGCUUACAGUACUUACUCUACUCUGUGUCAGGCCUUCUUAUCAGUGCGUCUCUGAAGACCAGAGUCAUGAAUUCUCCCCGACAUUCACCGACUAUGGGCUGUGGUGUACAUAUUUGCUUGUGGCUAUUAAAUGGGUUUACUUUUAGACAGGUUUUCAAUACAAAGAAGUGCCACUAUUGCUCCUCUUUGAUCUAGUAAGCUGCAUGUCUUAAUAGCCUGCAACCAUUCAAAACUUAACAUUUUUGCCUUUGUCAGUCACAGUUCAGUUUCAGAGGGGACCCGACCAAGAAAAUGAAUGUUUCGACUGUGCAAACAUGAAAGAAAAACAACACCCAUAUCAGUCUAAUUUUAUGUCAAAUUUCUUCUUUUCCUGUGAAACUGUUGAAUGAAAUUUGCCUUUUGGAUGUGUUCUACUUAAACAUUUGUUCAAUAUUAAGGCUACUACAAUUAAAUACAUGACAAUAAUCAA